UACAUUCUGCUGCUUAUCCGGGGAUGUCACACCGCUGCUAUUUUCUCCCCUCAGUCCUUCUCACUCUCAGCCUACAGCUCAAGCGGACUGACACGGGGCUUUGGAUAGAAAGGAACGAACAAUAAGAUACAAAACAGAGGCCAAAAUGGCAGAGCUUGGAGCGGGAAGCUUGUCUUUAGGGGAUCCUGCUUUUAAUUAUCAGGAGCACGAGCUGAACGAGCGGCUGAAACGGCUGUACCCGGCUGUGAACGAGGAAGAGACCCCUUUACCCCGAUCCUGGAGCCCCAAGGAUAAAUACAGCUACAUUGGGCUGUCACAGAACAACCUGCGAGUCCAUUACAAAGGCCAUGGAAAGAACCACAAGGACGCAGCAUCAGUGCGAGCCACACACCCAAUCCCUGCUGCCUGUGGGAUCUACUACUUUGAAGUCAAGAUUGUCAGCAAAGGUCGAGACGGGUACAUGGGCAUCGGCCUGUCUGCCCAGGGAGUCAACAUGAACAGAUUGCCUGGAUGGGACAAGCACUCAUACGGUUACCAUGGAGAUGACGGCCACUCCUUCUGCUCCUCCGGGACCGGCCAACCAUACGGCCCAACGUUCACCACGGGGGACGUGAUCGGAUGUUGCGUUAACCUCAUCAACAACACUUGCUUUUACACCAAAAAUGGCAUCAGUUUAGGUGUAGCCUUCACAGACCUCCCUCCCAACCUGUACCCCACAGUGGGGCUUCAAACUCCGGGUGAGAUCGUAGACGCUAACUUUGGCCAGCAGCCGUUUGUUUUCGACAUCGAGGAUUACAUGAGCGAAUGGCGGGCCAAGAUCCAUGGCAUGAUCGCUCGCUUCCCCAUAGGAGAGAGGCUGGGGGAGUGGCAGUCUGUCCUGCAGAAUAUGGUGUCCAGCUACUUAGUGCAUCAUGGGUACUGUGCCACCGCAACAGCCUUCGCCAGAGCCACAGAGACCAUAAUACAAGAGGAGCAGACAUCUAUAAAGAACAGACAGAGAAUACAGAAGCUGGUGCUUGCGGGUCGGGUGGGCGAAGCCAUAGAUGCUACUCAGCAUCUUUAUCCCGGCCUGUUAGAACACAAUCCCAACCUACUAUUCAUGUUGAAGUGUCGUCAGUUCGUGGAGAUGGUGAACGGUACAGACAGCGAGGUUCGCUGCUUGACUAUUCGCUCCCCCAAGUCCCAGGACAGUUACCCUGGCUCACCCAGCCUCAGCCCCCGCCACGGAGCCAGCAACACACACCUGCACACCGGAGAAGCAGACAGCCCAACCUGCAGUAACGGAGUGACUCCCCCCAACAAGUCAAAGAGCCACAGUGGCACAGGCAGCAGCAGCAUCAAAUACCCCAGUGUGUCCUCCUCUGCCUCCUCUUCCACCUCCUCCUCCCCUUCCUCCGUCAACUACUCCGAGUCCAACUCCUCCGACUCCACGAAGAGCCAGCCACACAGCGCCAAUAGUACCCAGGAAACCAGUGACAGUGAGAUGGAGAUCGAAGCAGAGCACUAUACCAAUGGGGUUGUUGAGGGCUCCUCAGCGCGGAUCAUGAAUGGCACAUACAAACACGAAGAGAUCCUUCAGCCAGACGACAACAGCAUUGGCAAUGGGGUUGCAGAUGAGGGCUGUAGUAAUGGUAGACAGCUCUGUGGGGGCAACCAAGCAGCCACAGAGAGGAUGAUCCAUUUUGGACGGGAGCUGCAGGCGCUAAAUGAACAGCUGGGCCGCGAGUAUGGCAAAAAUGCCACACACAAGAAGAUGUUACAGGAUGCAUUCAGCCUGCUAGCGUACUCGGACCCGUGGAACUGCCCCGUGGGCCAACAGUUAGACCCUACACAGAGAGAAUCUCUCUGCUCCGCACUCAACAGCGCCAUACUGGAGUCCCAAAAUCUGCCUAAGCAGCCUCCACUGAUGUUAGCGCUCGGCCAGGCCACAGAGUGUGUUCAGCUCAUGGCCCGAGUCCGGUCUGGUUCCUGCUCCUUCGCCAGAGUAGACAACUUUUUGCACUAGCCCAGGUCCAGGUUAAUGUUAAGUAGCACUGAGAGAAGAAGGCAUGUCCAGCAGGUAGUUGUCGUGGCAACAGGGGAAAGAGCAUGCGCGUGAUUGGUGUGUUUGGCUGUCCGUCAGACCGAGCCAGCGGCACAGACAGAGGAACAGAGGAGAGCGGGAGAGAAGAAAGCUUCCUUUUAAUUUAGUAUUAUCAAAUAAAGAAAUGUGUGACACUA